UCUCUUUAAAACAUUAAACUUUGUCUUACCAACGACAUCGGUCUAAAAUGUUCAAUUUCUUGUUGCUUCUGCAAAUAUCAUUUUGUAUAGUUUUAGCUCGGCAUGAACAAUAUAUUGGAUCAGCGCUGUACGAAGUAAAAUUAUCAAAUGAACAUCAAACUACGUUUUUUUACAAUUUGGUGGAACGUAUAAGCCUCGACGUAUGGAGCUACGCAGGAACGCAUUCUGAAGGACUUGUUCUAGUUCCGAGGGACGUAAAGGAAAUUUUCCAGAAUGAAUUAUCCAGCGUUAAAAUUCAAUACCAACUGAGGAGUCCAGAUAUUAAAAAGGAGCUCGAUCUUGAAGAUGAAUUGCUUGCAUCUGCUGCUGCGAAGAGUAACAGUUCAAGGUCAUCUCCUGGUCUCUCUUUUGAUGUCAUUCACAGAUAUUCAGUAGUUGACGGACAUAUGCAGGAUCUCGCCAACAGGUUUCCAAAUCGUGUAAGAAUAGCAUCCGCUGGUCGAAGCAUAGAGGGAAGGGAGAUAAGAUACCUUAGAAUAUCUACAAAUAACUUCCAGACGCAGUCUAGACCUGUCGUAGUUCUGCAAUCAUUGUUACAUGCUCGUGAAUGGGUAACACUCCCCGCUACCCUGUAUGCUAUUGAGAAGCUUGUUAUUGACGUCACCGACCAGGACCUUGUCAACAAUAUAGACUGGAUCAUUAUUCCCAUUGCGAAUCCAGAUGGUUACGAGUUCACUCACACGGGUUCUCGUACUUGGCGGAAAAAUCGGAGACCUACUAACAAUUUUUUCUGUAUGGGAGUCGAUUUAAAUAGAAAUUUUGAUCAUGAAUGGGGCACAGCCUCCAGCAAUAAUCCUUGCUCUGACACAUUCCAUGGCGCAUCUGCAUUUUCUGAACCAGAAACACAAGCAGUAAGAAGAGUCCUUCACGAAUUUAGAGGCAGAUUACAAUUAUUCAUUGAUAUUCACAGCUUUGGGAGUAUGAUUCUUUUUGCAUUUGGAAAUAGACAGCUCCCGCCAAAUGCUUUGAUUUUGAACAUGGUUGGUGUUCGAAUGGCACAAAGAAUUGAUGCUGUGAAAUGGCCCAGUAAUCCUAAUUACAGAGUUGGAAAUAUCGUCGAUGUGAUUAAUUAUUUUGCAUCUGGUGGCGCUAGCGAUUAUGUGCAAACGUUUGGCAACAUUUUGUCAUUCACUUAUGAACUUCCGGCUUAUAGAAACCAGAAUAAUUUAAACGGAUUCCUUGUUGAACCUGCUUUUAUCCGUCAGGCUGGUUUUGAAACAUGGGAAGGUAUCAAAGCUGGUGCUCGAUAUGUCAUCGAAAGAUCAAGAUAUUUACAGAAUAUAACAAAGAAUGCUGAUAUAUCAGUCUAGGCUAUCACUAUUAAAGUUAAUCUGGAAUUGUGAAUUUUAUUUACACUUUUACUCAUA